UAAUUGCCGGGCAACUUACUCCGGAGGUAGGAAGAGGGAAAGGAAGAGACGGGGGUUGUUGCAUUGCUGCUGUUAGAGUCUCACGCUACUCCUAUGCGCGAUAUAGUUGAGGACGCCACAGACAACGGGGUUCAUUGUCCCUUCAUCCCUACAGAGUACGGACCCAUCUCAAUCAGUCGCGACGCAGGUGCGGUUUAUGCGCGACCCUCUUCUGGGUCAUUGUUCGAGAGAUCCCGCGCCUAUUCCAUCUAUGCAUUGCUCGAGUCAAGACUCAAGGAAAGAUGGGGGAGGCUGGAACCUCUCACUGGCAAAAGGAUGACACAACCCCCUCCAACCGGCGCCCUCGUCUCGCAUAAUCCUCAUCACCCACCUCCCCUCGUGGGUGUCUCGCCGACAGGUGCUUCCGAUUAGCCACUCCUGGCGUCUCUGGCCGGUGGAGCUGUUGCGACGGCGUACGACAGGUCCAUGUCCUGACAGGGGUGGGAUUCCUUAGCUAGUUAAAGCACGCCCAGCCGCAGACGUGCGAAUGAAUUGGGCUUGGAUCUCCCCCCGCUUCAUGUUGAUCACGAAUAGCGUUCAAAGAAAUCAAGCCAAGGACGAUUACCAGU